AUGUUAUUUUUGUUUCUUGAUAGUCACAUUCACUACAUGGAACCAGAGAAUGAUACAAAACUUUUGGAAUUUCUUCUUCUGGGAUUUUCAGAGGAACCAGAAUUGCAGCCCCUCAUAUUUGGUCUGUUCCUCUCCAUGUACCUGAUCACUGUGUUUGGAAACCUGCUCAUCAUCCUGGCCAUCAGCUCAGAUUCCCAACUCCACACCCCCAUGUACUUCUUCCUCUCCAACCUGUCCUUUGUAGACAUCUGCUUCACCUCCACCACCAUCCCAAAGAUGCUGCAGAACAUAAGGACACAGAGCAAAGUACUAACCUAUGAAGGCUGCAUCACCCAGAUGUAUUUUUUCAUACUCUUUGCAGUAUUGGACAUGUUUCUCCUGACCGUGAUGGCCUAUGACCGAUUUGUAGCCAUCUGUCACCCCCUGCAUUACAUGGUCAUCAUGAACCCCCGGCUCUGUGGUCUGCUGGUUCUGGUGUCCUGGAUGAUGAGCGCCCUGAACUCCUUGUUACAAAGUGUAAUGGUCUUGAGAUUGUCUUUCUGUACAAACUUGGAAAUCCCCCACUUUUUCUGUGAAAUUAAUCAGUUGAUUCAACUUGCCUGUUCUCACAUGUUUCUUAAUGAGAUAGUAAUGUAUUUUGCAGCUGCAAUAUUGGGUGGUGGUUCCUUCACUGGGAUUCUUUAUUCAUAUUCCAAGAUAGUUUCUUCAAUACAAAGAAUCUCAUCAGCUCAGGGGAAGUACAAGGCGUUUUCCACCUGUGCAUCUCACCUCUCAGUUGUCUCUUUAUUUUAUUGUACAUGUUUAGGAGUGUACCUUAGCUCUGCUGCUACCCACAGCUCACAUUCAAGUGCAAUCGCCUCAGUGAUGUACACAGUGGUCACACCCAUGCUGAACCCCUUCAUUUAUAGUCUGCGGAACAAAGACAUAAAGAGGGCUCUGGAAAGAAUCAUUAGGAAGGCAGGUAUAACAUUGUUCUGGGACUGA